AGUAGUCAUCCUCUCCUCUCUCUUGCAUUGCAUCACUCAACCAAAUCCAUACCCACACUAGUACACUACACUUCUCUUUGUUUACAAAGUUUUCCUCAAUUGGGUUCUCUUCUUUUACUUCUCUUCACUCUUCUCUCUGUUUCCCAAUCCUUGAAAACUAAAAUAAUGGAGAGCAAAAGCUAUGUGUAGACACUGAGUCUCUUGAAACUUUUGGAGGAUAAUGGAACUUACAGAGCUCUCCUUGGCUCCAACACAACUGCUUGUUAAAAAAAGCAUGAACAGCUCAUCUUCAGAAUCUGAAAACAACUUUUCUAGUUCCAGUAGCAGCAGGAAGAGGAAGUUCUUCUCUGAUCAUCAUCUGCUCAAGAGCACUGUACCACCUUUGCAGACAAGCUCUGUUGAUCUUCAUCUUAAAAACCCUCUUCCUCUGGACUGGGAGCAAUGCCUUGAUCUUGAGUCAGGUAAAAUGUAUUAUAUGAACAGGAAGACAUUGAGAAAGAGUUGGAACUGGCCCAAUGUGGAUCAAAAGCUAGACCUUGAACUCAACAUUUCAUCACUCUCUCAUUGCUCUGAUCAUCAGCAAAGAAGAAGCUAUGAUAAUAUAAAUAGCUCAUCACUUGAAGAUUACUCAAAGAAGCUUCAUGAUUCAUCGUCAUCAAGGUGCAGCAACAAUAAUAUGGUAGCAUUGGCUUGCUUGAAUUGCCAUCUUCUUGUCAUACUCUCAAGAUCAUCUCCCUCUUGCCCCAACUGCAAGUACGUCCAUUCAUUUGCUACCCAUCAAGCUCCUUCUCCACAGCCUAAAAUGUCUCCUGAAAAGUCCCUCAACACCUUAAGCCUCUUGAACUAGACAUGCAUCAAACAGAAAAUAGAGAGAGAAAGUAAGAAGGAUGAUUAAGAUGAUGACCCUUUUGAUAUAUAAAUCAAAUUAAGCUACUGUGUGAUGUUCGGUUUUCUUGAUGAUGUGAUGAUAAAAAAAAGUAAAUAUAGAGAAUCUAAGAGAAGCUUUUUCAGUAAUCUAAUCAUGUAACUAUUUGUAAAUUUUAUAUUAUUUUCACUUCCUUUA